AUGUCCACUCCAAUUCCUCCGAAUUCUCCACCAAGCACUCCGACUUCUAAAUCAAACCGUACAAGAUCCUUCUCGGGUGCUGCAACUGUCGCCAACUCAGCAUGCAUUUGUGGAAACGUCCCAAUUGCUUUAUCCGCGAAUACUUUGGCUGAUUCGUUGAAAGUCUCGCCGUUAUAUAAACAACAAGAUUCCGCUCGCUGGAACGCGGCCGCUCAGGUAUACCGAACAUCGCGUGCUGUCUCACCAACCUUGGAAGAGAAAGAGAAAUUCGGGUUCGACGCUGCCACGUCAAACGCCUAUAUAAAUCAGAUGAUUAGCCCGAAAAUUUCGAUUCCGAAAACUCCUAUUUCCCUGGAAGAAAUUGCGGAUAUGAAUCGUAAACGGCAUGAAGUGGAAGGAGGAGUGAUUCCAUCUGAUGAUGAUGUGGGUCCAUUGGAACUUGAAGCCAUUGCAGCUGUCCAUGAAUUGGCUCAUGAAGUCGAGGACAUUAGUGUAUCUGAAAUGCUCCCAAGAACCAGUGAUCUAAUUUUCGUGAAUGUGAAAACCCAAGAAGGAUCUCCAUAUACUUUGGAACUGACAAUGAAAGGAUGGAGAAUCGCUUCCUCUCAUACUGAUUGUAUGAACGGAGAUUAUACAAAGAUUUCUCUGCACACUAAAUACUACCGUAACGCUCGUGAACUCUUAAAGUUCAUAUCGCCAGACCACGCGACAAAGUUUAAUGAAUGUGUAGCUGAAAAAUUGAACAAACUAGCAGAGGUAACCGUUCAAUAG